AUGUCAGCAGGAAAGUACCUCUUGGGAACUGCCGCCCUUGUUGGUGGUGUCUACUACUACGACCAAUAUGUCCAACCCAUCUUGCCAAGAAGAGAGCACCAGGACUUGGCUCGUCAAACGACAAAGGUUGACCAGCAGGCAAAGGAGUUGAACAACAAGUUGACCAACAAGAUUGAGCACGGUAAGCAACAGUUGGUUAGCAAGACUGAAGCUGUCAAGAAGGACGUCAAGGGAUCGCAAACUUACAAGGGCUUCAAGAAGGACCAGGAAACCCACGAGAAGCUUGUCAAGGACGAAAUUACCCCCAAGGACGAGCAAUCGGUGUUUAUUUUGGCUACGCAAAAGUACAUUGAUUUCAUCAAUUGCUUGGGUGAGGGUAAAGUCAAGGAUGACGUAGAGAAGGAGGUCCACGAAUGGAACGCUUGGGCCUCGAAGAAGGCCGACCAAGCCAAGGCUGACGCAGAGAAGGAGCACGACAAAUGGGCCAAAUGGGCUUCGAACAAGGCCAAUGAAGUCAAAUCCGAUGUCAAGCAGCUGAAGAAGAGUGUUGAAAACUGGGUUUCCGAAACCGCCGAUGGCGCUGAAAGGACCAAGGAUGAAUGGGUAAACUGGGGCUCAAACAAGGUAGACGAUGCCAAGAAGGAUGCAGAAGCAACCCAAAAGGAAUGGUCGAGCUGGGGAUCCAAGAAAGUUGACGAAGCAAAGCAGGGCGCUGAAGAUAUCAAGAAGGAUGCCGUUGAGACCAAGAAUGAUUGGGCUAACUGGGGGUCUAAGAAGGCCGACGAAGCCAAGGCCGAAGCUGAAAAGCAUAAGCAAAUUUUGGCUGACAAGGCAGAACAGGCUAAAGCCGAUGCUGAAAGACAAAAGAAUUCAUGGUUCAACUGGGGAAAGAAGCAGGCUGAUGAAGCCGAUAAGCAAGCUGAUGAAUUUUACAAAUGGUCAGGAAAGAAGUGGGAGGAGGCUUCUGAAGAUUUGAAAAAGCAAUGGCAGCAAGCUAGCGAUGACUUGUACAAGCAGUACAACAACGUCGGCCAAUCAGUUGGCAAUGCCAAGGACCAAUUGAAGCAAAACUACAAUGCCGAAUACGAAAAGGCCUUGAAUCAGUACAAAGAAGCCAAGAAACAAUUUGACGACUUGUCCAACAAGUUGGUGAAUGAUCCAGAGAAGAACAAGAAGUUGACCAAAGCUAAGGACGACUUGAGCCGCUCUGUGGAACACAUCAAGUCAUACAGCGAAGACAUUUACAAUGACAUUAAGAAAUCCUUGGGUGAUGUCUUCAAGUAA